GAAACUGAGAAAAAAUUUGCUGAGGAGAAACGUAUAAGGCAAAACAAAGGAGAGCCACAAAUAGAUGAGGCAUUGAGUGAAGGUGAUCAAACCCGAGAGAUGGACAUUGAACUGGAGGAGGCUAAAGUUGAGGCAGAGAAAGAAGAAGGAAAGGGAGAGGAGGGAGGCAAAGAAGGUGAUCAAACCCAGGCCAUGGGCAGUGAACAGGAGCUAUGUGAUGUAAAAGUUGCUGAGGAUGUUCCCAAAAAGAAGAAGGGAAGGAAGAGGAGGGAGGGCGGCGAUGAUACUUUAAAAGUAUUUGUUAGUGGGCUACGGGCAAAGAGCCAAAGAACAACAAAGAAGCCCAAGUUCUUAGAAUCUCCCUUCCAAACUGAAUUGCCAAAGAAGGGAAGGAAAGGGAAGAAAGGUGUCGUUGUGGUGGGAGACGACGACGACAAGGGGGAGAAGGAUGAGGGGAAGCCACUUGCUGUUUCACACCUCGGUAGGAGUACAUCUGUUGCAGAGCUAUGGAAAAGGGAAAAAAGUGAAGAGGAAAAAAAAUUAUUAGAGACGUUGAAUAUGGGCAUUCCUUCUUCACAAGACUUUGAUGUCAGGCUACCGGGAACAAUCAACGAAGGCUUUUACCAUAAUUUCACCGUUGAGGACAUUCCUGAUGUGUUGGCUGAUGAGAACAAGUGGCUUCAACAUUUUCUUACAUUAAAAGUUGACAAUGUUUGUAUGUGA